GACAAAAAAAACAGUUGAUACAUAUCCACAACAACAGCAAUUAUUGAGAGAAUGUAUUCAUCAUCAACUACUAUGAAUAAUAAUAGAAGAUCAUCAGCUGGUGGUGGUGGUGAUAGCAGUAGUUCUAGUACCACUAUGACAACAACACAAAGUAGCAGUGAUAAUGAAGAUAUGAUGAUGAUGACUAUGGAUUAUGAGCAGCAACAAGAGGAUCUUGAUCUGAGAAGAGGUCCAUGGACAGAUGAAGAGGAUCAUUUGCUUACUAAUUACAUUGCUAACCAUGGUGAAGGUCGUUGGAACUCUCUUGCUCAUGCCGCUGGUUUAAAACGUACCGGAAAAAGCUGUAGAUUGAGAUGGUUGAAUUACUUGCGCCCUGAUGUUCGACGCGGUAAUAUUACACCGGAAGAACAACUUAUGAUUCUUGAACUCCAUUCUCAAUGGGGAAACAGGUGGUCAAAGAUUGCUCAAUAUCUACCGGGAAGAACAGAUAAUGAGAUAAAGAACUAUUGGAGAACAAGGGUACAAAAACACGCCAAGCAACUCCGGUGUGAUGUUAACAGCAAACUCUUCAAAGACACCAUGCGUAAUGUUUGGAUGCCAAGAUUGGCUGAAAGAAUUCAAGCAGCAGCGGAUGGGACUUCUCUGGAAGCCACCAACACCAUUACAGGCCACCAUUUCAAUAAUAAUAUAGAUUUCACAUCAGUGGCAGAGAGCACCAACAUUAAUGACAUGGGCAUGAUCAAUACUAAUCGAACUAAUCGAAGAAGAAGUAUAAAGUCUGAGGACAACUAUACAACUGCUAAGGUUCCUGCUUCAUCAUCGACAGCCGAUUCUUUAUGGACAAACACGGGGACGACCCAAGUUCCUUCUCCGGUUUCAGACCUUACUUACGAUCAAUAUCAGUACCCUUUUGAGUAUAACUGUGAGAGCACUACUACCCAAACUUCACAUAUCAUGAAUUACCCAGAGUAUAUCAUGCCCAGUCCUAUAGGUUACAACCUAAACCAUGAUUUCAACUUUCAAGGUUGUACUACUAGUAGCGUCCACGAACAACAGAACAUGAGCAACAUUAGUGGCAAUUGGUUAGGGAGUGAUACUAGUAGUACUAUUACUCAAGAUAAUUCAUUAUGGGACUAUUUGUGGAACCCUAAUCAAGAUAUCAUGUUCAUACAACAACAACAACAACAGUUCUGAAAAUCAUCAUCAAAUAAAUACGGCAGGCAGGCAGAGAAAUGGAUAUGAUAUACAUAGACGGUGACAAACAGUUUAGAGACACUUUGUGAAAGACAAAAUGAUGAACAUUAAAAAUUGUGUUUAAUGUAUUUAGUUCUGGAUUAUCUUUUCCAGUGUCAUUCUUUUCAAUCAAGUUCUUUAAAAUUGUUGAUUGAAAUUGAAGUAUACAAAUAUAUAUUAGUAUCAGUAGAUGUAUGU